AUGUCAGAUAAAGUACCAGCUUGGAAGCGAAUAGGGCUUAAGUUAAAGCAAGAGUUAGAGGUAGAUCCGUUAGCCAUAAGUCAACAUGUAUCAGAUUCAAACUUAACAACCAACCAAAUCAAGAAAUUAAACAAACAAAAGAGACAGCUUGAAACCAAUAAGAAAGAUGAUAAAAAACCACCUAAAAGAGUUAAGUUACCAAAAAGUGAAAGACCAGAACCUCCUGUGAAAGAUCAAUUAACUUACUUGAGACAAUUUCUGAAUGAUAGAGAGAACUGGAAGUUUAGUAAACAGAAACAAAAUUGGAUUUUAAAGAAUAUUAAAGAUAUACCAUCAAGUUAUGAACCAGAUUUGAUUAAAUAUCUUGAAGGAUUACAAGGAGGUUCAAGAAGUCGAGUAGUUGAAGAUAUGAAGAAAACAAUUCAAGUUUGGAAUUUGUCGGUAGAAGAAGUUGAAGCAAAAAUUGAACAAGAAAUCAAUCUGAAACUUCACCCAGAAACCAAAGUACAGGAAAAUGAAAGCGAUAAAGUAACAAAAGAAGACAAUAAAACUAACCGAAAGGAAUCAAAGGAAAUAAAACAAGAAGUUAAACCAGAUAAAUCAUCAGUAUUAAGAUUUAAACGAAUAUUACUGGUUUUGACUGAUGAAGAAAUAGAAGUUAAAGGAGUCGAAGCAUCUGAAAUAACAAAUGAUGAUGCUGCAGAAGAAGAAGAAGAAGAAGAAGAAGAAACCAAUGAUGUUGAAUCAGAAGAAGAUAACUUAAUAGUAGAAGAAGUAGAUGUGGAUUAG